AUGCACAUUUUCUGUCCCCAUGUCUUGAAUGUUGUGAUCGUUCUGAAUCGGUGUUUUGAACGGUUUUGGGUUCUGACUCUGGUCUUCUGUGGUGUGUCCGUCAGCAUCGAGCUGGACGAGGCUCCUCUGGUGCAGACGGCGGCCAGUCUGUUCCGGGACAUGUGCUACAGGUACAGAGAGGAGCUGAUGGCCGGGAUCAUCGUGGCCGGCUGGGACCCACGCAGAGGAGGACAGGUGUACACGGUGCCGGUCGGAGGGAUGAUGACCAGGCAGCCGGUGUCAGUGGGAGGAUCCGGCAGCAGCUACAUCUACGGAUAUGUGGACUCAAACUACAGAGUUGGAAUGAGCAAAGAGGAGUGUCUUAAAUUCACUGCAGAAGCGCUGGCUCUGGCCAUGGAGAGGGACGGCUCCAGCGGUGGAGUGGUCAGACUGGCGGUCAUCACGGAGCAGGGUGUGGAGCGACAGGCCAUCCUCGGGAACCAGCUACCCAAGUUCUCCACCGUCUGAAUCUGAUCUGUGCUUUAGCAAAGCCUGAGGGUGUUUCUCUAGAUGUUUGUCACUGAGCUCCAAUAAACAAGACUCCGGUCCUCCUCUUU